AUUCAACUUUUGUGGUUAUGGAUCAUAUUGAUAUCAAUUAUAAAGAGGCUAAUAUAGAGGAACUCAACUUAUAUAAAGGAAAGAAAAUUUCAAACUGGAUCAUUUGCGAUUUAUUUUUAGACAAAUGGAGUAAAAGUAGAGGUUUUAAAAUAAUAAAAGAUCGUGUAUUCAAAGAUGGUGAUAUUGUUUGGAGAAGAAGCUAUAUUUGUGAACAUGGAAAAAAAUAUGAAUCAAAAUCUAAGCAAAAAACAAUUACUAAAAAAAUUUCAUGCCCUUGGCAUUUAAAUGUAUCGUGUCCAAGUAACAACAGAGAAAUUACU